CAUGUAGAUCAUAACAAUAACAAUAAUUCACAAAUACAAAUGGGUAAAAAAAAAGAGUUAACGGCUGAACAAUAUGGGGCAAUUCUUUAUGGCCACAAACGAGGUGAUUCAUAUCAGAAAAUUGCUGACAAUGUCCAAUGUGGCAAAACGACUGUCCAUGAUGCGAUAAAACGUUUCAAAAAAACGGGUUCUGCAAUACCAAAAAAACAUUGCGGCCCAAAGCCACUUUUUGAUUCCAAUGCACAAGCCUCACUCAAAAAGAUUGUUACACAAAAUUCGAAGCAUCGCCACCUCACCACUCAUAAAAUUCAGGAAUUAUGGAUUAAAAAAAAAAAGAAGAAAGUUUCAACUGUUACAAUUCGUCGAACCCUUAAAAAAAUUGGACAAACAUAUGCGAAAGUGUUACAGAAGCAUGCUAUUCCUUCGCUUUAUAAAUUAGUUCCUUGCAAUCAAGGAAUUUUUCAAGAGGAUAAUGCUCCACCUCAUCAAUCAAAGAUUGCCGCUGAUGUUCGUAAUGCCUCAAACAUUCCUGUGCUACCCUGGCCUGCACAAAGUCCUGAUCUAAACCCGAUCGAGAAUCUUUGGAAUGAAGUUGAUAAAAAGGUGCGCAACUUGUCUAAUCAACCUAAAAAUUUGGAAGAUUUGGAGCGUAAGGUAAAAAAUGCUUGGCGUUCAAUUCCUCUUGAAUAUAUUCAAAAAUUAGUUGAAAGUAUGCCCCGUCGAAUCCAAGCGUGUAUAGCAGCCGAAG